GCAGCUCGACAAAUCAGACAUUUUAUAUACCGCACUAUCUCAUUUCUCGACUUAGAUAUUGGACAUGCAAUCGUAUAUCGUAAUUGCAUUGCUGAUUACUUUCGUGAUGGCUUUCGAAAAUGCAGCCGCAUGCAAUUGCGAGCACUGUGACGAGGAAAGAGUUAUCGGUUUAGGAGUGGAGACGACGACUACUCAGGCCAUGUACAAAGAGGACAGUGAUAAUGAUGGUAAUCUAACAAUUUGCGCCAGGAAUCGCGAUUUUAAUGAACGCACGUUUCCAAGCAUCUGUUAUAUGCUAUGUUACAAUCGUUGCACGAAAUACCGAAUGGUAGCAGUUAAAGAGAAUGACAUAAAGAAGUAUGUUUUAAUUGCAUCUAGACCGAGUAAGUAUAGAUUAUUAUAAAUUAAGAGAUGGAGCGUGCUGAAAGAGGGG